AUGCCUGGCCUGUACUGCCCCUCCAGCUGGACGCCGCUGCCUCUCACCGACUCCUGCGUCCGGGCCUGCGCCAACGGCCCCUGCCUCAGCCUACGGGCUCGGCUCACCUACCACAACCCGCAGCCGCAGCCGGUGGACGGCGUGUUCGUGUACCCGCUGGCCGAGGCCGAGGUGGUGUCGGGCUUCGAGGCCGAGGCGGCAGGACGGCGCGUCUCCUUCCAGCUGCAGAGCCGGCGCCGCUCGCAGCCCGCCUGCUGCCGCGCGCUGGGCCCCGGGCUGGGCGCCUUCACGCCCCGCCGCUGCGCGCAGGGUCAUCUUGUCCUGGAUCUGGCCCAGGCCCGCUCUACGCUGGUGCUGCCCACGGGCCUUAUAGCUGCAGCUGGCACCAUGACAGUGACCCUGUGCAGCAGCCGGGAGCUGCCCUCAAGGCCUGAUGGGGUACUGCACGUGGCCCUGCCCACCGUGCUCACCCCGCUGGUCCCGCCGGGCCUGCCAGGGCCUCCCAGGCCUCCGGGGCUCUGUGACGACAGCCCCACCAGCUGCUUCGGGGUGGGCAGCCCCCAGGAGGAAGGGCUGGCCUGGGAGGAGCCGGCUGCCCCUCGAGAUGUGUUCUCGGGCCCUGCCCGCUGCCCUGCUCCCUACACCUUCUCCUUCGAGAUGCUGGUGACGGGGCCGUGCCUGCUUGCAGGCCUGGAGAGCCCCUCUCAUGCCCUGCGGGCAGACGCCCCCCCUCAUGCCAGUUCUGCAGCCACCAUCUGUGUCACCCUGGCAGAGGGCCACAGCUGUGACCGGGCCUUGGAGAUCCUGCUGCAUCCCAGUGAGCCCCACCAGCCCCACCUGAUGCUGGAGUCCGGCAGCCUGAGCGCAGCGGAAUACGAGGCCCAGGUGAGGGCCCGCCGGGAUUUCCAGAGGCUGCAGCGGAGGGACAGCGAUGGGGACCGGCAGGUGUGGUUCCUGCAGCGACGCUUCCACAAGGACAUCCUGCUAAACCCAGUGCUGGUGCUGAGCUUCUGCCCGGACCUGAGCGCCAAGCCUGGCCACCUGGGCACAGCGACUCGGGAGCUCCUCUUCCUGCUGGAUGGCAGCAGCGCGGCGCACAAGGACGCCAUUGUUUUGGCUGUGAAGUCUCUCCCACCCCAGACGCUGGUCAACUUGGCCAUGUUCGGGACCUCGGUGCAGCCGCUCUUCUUAGAGAGCCGGCCUUGCAGUGAUGACACCGUGCAGCUGCUCUGUGACACUAUCGAGACCCUGCAGGCUGCGAGUGGCCCCCCGGACGUGCUGGCUGCACUGCACUGGGCCAUGGGGCAGCCCCAGCACAGGGCCCACCCUCGGCAGCUAUUCCUGCUCACCGCGGCCUCGCCCAUGGCCACCACUGCCCACCAAACCCUGGAGCUCAUGAGGUGGCACAGGGGGGCAGCCAGGUGCUUCUCCUUUGGCCUGGGGCCCGCCUGCCACCAGCUGCUCCGGGGUCUGUCUGCCCUCAGCAGGGGCCAGGCCUACUUCCCGAAGCCUGGGGAGAGGCUGCAGCCCAUGCUGGUGCAGGCCCUGCGGAAGGCCCUGGAGCCCGCUCUGAGUGACAUCUCUGUGGACUGGUUUGUGCCUGAUGCCGUGGAGGCGCUGCUGACGCCCCGAGAGAUCCCGGCACUCUACCCCGGGGACCAGCUACUUGGUUAUUGCUCGCUUUUCAGGGUGGACGGCUUCCGGCCCCGCCCACCAGGGGGCCAGGAGCCUGGCUGGCAGAGCUUGGGCGGCUCGGUGUUCCCAUCCCCGGAGGAGGCACCAUCUGCUACCAGCCCUGGCACCGAGCCCACUGGCACCUCUGAGCCACUGAGGACAGGCACCGCAUCAGCAGAGCUGUCCAGCCCAUGGGCUGCAGGGGACUCAGAGUUGACAGGUACUGAUGCUCUGACAGACCCAGUCACGGACCCUGGACCCAACCCCUGCUCAGACACGGCCAUAUGGCGCCGCAUCUUCCAGUCCUCAUACAUCAGGGAGCAGUAUGUGCUCACCCACUGCUCUGCAAGCCCUGAGCCGGGCCCCAGCUCCACGGGCAGCAGCGAGUCCCCAGGCUCCCAGGGCCCUGGCUCCCCCGAGGGCAGUGCUCUUCUGGAACCCCCUUCUCAGCAGGGCUACCGCAGCCUGGCCUGGGGAGAACCUGCAGGCUCCCGCUCCUGCCCCCUCCCUGCACCCCCCCAGACUCCAUUCAAGGUGGUGGCUUUGAGUACUGAGGUGCUAGGCCAUCGGCACAGAGCAGCUCUGGCAGGCCGAAGCCUCUCAUCCCCUCCAAGCCGGGCAAACCCAGCCACCCACCGACCACGGCGGCAUCCCUCGCUGGGUGCAGCACCAGAUGGGCCAGGCCUGGAACCAGGCCAACAGCUGGGACAGGGCCUGGAUGACUCAGGGAACCUGCUCUCCCCAGCCCCCAUGGACUGGGACAUGUUGAUGGAACCACCCUUCUUAUUCACCGCCGCGCCCCCCAGUGGGGAGUCAGCGGCCCCAGCAGUGCCACCACCUCCCCAGGUUCCGCACUGCCAUGUGGUGAUCCGGGCCCUAUGUGGAGAGCAGCCCAUGUGCUGGGAAGUGGGUGUUGGGCUGGAGACACUGUGGGGGUCUGAGGAUGGCUCACAGCCACCAUCACCCCCUGGAAGAGAAGCUGCUUGGGACCAAGGACUCCAUAGACUGACCGCAGCCUCCGUGGUCCGUGAUAAUGAGCAGCUGGCUCUCCGAGAGGCAGAGACCACGGCUGACCGGGUUCAUGCUCGGAGGUCCUGGCUUCGAGCCCUUCAGACAAGCAAGGUCAGCUCUGCACCCUCCUGCUUCACCUGCCCCGUAGCUGUGGAUGCUACCACCAGAGAGGUCCUACCUGAGGCCCUGCAGGUGCAGAGCUCAGAGCCGCCCGAGCCCCCCGGUGCCCUUUCUGCCUCUCAAGGCCAUCUCACUGCAGCUCCGCUAGGCCGCCUGCUAGCGCAGGUGGGUCUCACCACGGGACCUCAUGGGGCCUCUCCGGCAGGUGCCUGCAACUCAGACCAAAACGGCAACGCCAAGGCUGCUUUGAGAGACCCCGCAUCCCCUACUGGAGGUCCUCGCCGCCUGCCCCCACAGCCUCCCUCUAGGCUCAGCUUGGGCCGCCGGCGCGGACUCCGCAGUCCUUCCCCAGGCCACGCCUGUGAGGCCAGCAGUGAAGGCAGCGACCACGACUACCUGCCCCUGGUGCGGCUGCAGGAGGCGCCGGGGUCCUUCCGCCUGGACGCGCCCUUCUGCGCGGCGGUGCACAUACCGCAGGAGCGCCUGUGCAGAGCCUCGCCCUUCGCAGUGCACCGCGCCAGCCUCAGCCCCACCUCGGCCUCGUCUCCCUGGGCACUUCUGGGCCCUGGUGUUGGCCAGGGAGACAGCGCCACAGCAUCCUGCAGCCCAUCCCCCAGCUCGGGCUCUGAGGGGCCAGGCCAGGUGGACAGUGGGCGAGGCUCAGACACUGAAACCUCUGAGGGGGCAGGAGGGCUGGGUGGUGCUGACCUGCGGGGCCGCACCUGGGCCACGGCUGUGGCCCUUGCGUGGCUAGAGCAUCGCUGUGCCGCCGCUUUCACCGAGUGGGAACUGACGGCGGCCAAGGCUGAUUGCUGGCUGCGGGCCCAGCACCUGCCAGAUGGCCUUGAUCUGGCAGCCCUUAAAGCCGCCGCCAGGGGGCUCUUCUUGCUGCUGCGCCACUGGGACCAGAACCUGCAGCUACACCUACUGUGUUACAGCCCCGCCAAUGUGUGAAAGCUGCCUGCUCCUUGGGCUGGCUCCCCCAGCAACACGCUCAAGUCACUGCCGCCCAGCGCUGGCCUCUCCGUGCGGGAAAGGGGUAGGCUGGCUCCAGCCGGUCCCCCACUGCUUCUCAUUCCCUCCCCAGAAUCCUCGUGCCCCCACAAGAAGUGCCUGCCGGUGCUCUCUCCCUCUUCCCACCCCAAACCCUUUGGCCGUGUGCUCUGAGCUCUGUGCAGCACAGUGGAAGGGGAGAGACCCACAGUUCCUAAUUCCUAUGCAAUAAAGUGCCUCU